AUGGGACGAGGAUUACAACCUUUCUGUUGUAAAAAGCCUCAGAUCCAGGGUCCACGCGGUCGUAAAGAAGUGGCAAAGGAAGGAGAAGAUGCAACUUUAGUGUAGUCUAAAAACAUAAUUACAUACUUAGAAAGGUUACGUCAUAAUUUUUUUUUUAUUUUCCGCAUUGCGUAAACUUGAAAGACGUUUUGAAAACGUCGCAUACCUCAAUAAAGUCUUGUUUGACUGCAUGUUCUAUAAUUAUAAUGCAUCUUUGAAAACUAUACUAAGUAUUAUUUACAAGAAUACUAUUAACAGUUUUACUAAUGUAAUAAUUCUGGGGGCAGAUGUCAAAAAUGGGAAAGAGGUUCAAUUUAAGCUGGCCCUGAACCUUACUAGCUUUAAAGCUGGGACUUCUCUCACAUGAAAAAUUAGUGCAACACAGAUAGCUAGUUGUCAAAGUAACGCUUGGAAGAAACCUCAGACGACUAUUCAGUUUUUGUCAAAUCAUUUUGUCUGAAGCACAAUGCCAGAACCUGAUCAUGAAAUAGUUAGAAUAGUCGCAAUACUGGCCGAAAUGUAUUGGAGCACUUUCCUUCCCAGGAGGGGUACUCGACGAAAUCUUGUACGGGGAGGCUCCACCCCGAGGUCCAAUCCCUUACCCUUUUAUAUACCAUUUUUGACGGAAACAUGUACCCCUUCGGACGUAGCCUCACCGUAUAGGCAACUAUAGGGAGUAUCCCCGGGCUUUCCUUUCCUCUCGUCCUUUGGUGUGAUACCUUGCCUACAAGCAAGUUCUCUAGGGGCUAAAGCUUCCCAGAGAGUUUGCUUGCAGGCUAUGUGGUAGAAAUGUAAAGGACCCACUUUGAUUGAUUCGCUUGCAAGCACCAAGUUUCUAUUUGAAGGCGCUCGAUCAACUCUUCUAUAAAUGAAUAUAUUCAAUGAGUGCGAGGUGAGAGUGUUGUGUGAUAGAACAAUAUCCAAAACACGCAAACAAUCAUCUGAUUUGCUUCCGUGACGAUGAGCUAAGUAACUAAUAAGUAAUUAUUCAAUGAUUUUCAAUGAAGCAAAAAGGUCGUGACAUGACACCAGAUAUAUAUUGCGGCCCUGGACUGGGUUUUUAGUUGAAUUUGCUUACCACAUAGAAUAAGCCAAAAUGACUGAAAUGAAUGAAACAGCCGAUUUUCAAGAAUCUACCAAGAAAGACAAAGAAAACAAAAUUUACGAGUUUGAUGACCUUUUAAGGCUCACUGGAGGAUUUGGCCGUUAUCAGGUCGCCUUAUACGCCUUCCUCUGUCUGAUCUCCAUUCCUACCGGAGCACAACUUCUGAUUCAGGUCUUCUACGCUGCCUCGCCGCGUUUCUCAUGUGUUUCCGCGCCUGAAAAUGAGACUUGCGAUCCUGGAAAAUGCUGCCCAAGUUGCCAAAAGUACGAUUUUCAAGGUCCAUUUACUAGCACUGUCUCCGAGGUAUAUAAAUUAUAAUGAGUAAAUUCGUUGUUUAUUUGAUAAGUGUUCAUCGCAAACGUAGUCUGACACAUUGAUAAACAGUAUGUUCAACCAAAAUAAUGUGCAUUUAUUCCACCAAUUUGUUGAAAUAUCCCUAGUGCGGCAGUGGAAAGGCGUUCAGUGAUUACACGAUAUAGUGGACCCCUUUUAAAAAGCUUCGAAAGUGACGAAUGUUCGAUCAAAGUCUCCAAUGUUUGGCUUGUCACGCAAACUCGAGUGAACUAAACCGCACUAAGACGGCCACACUUCGAUGUUUUUACUCAAAGGUGACCUUUAAAAGGGAAACUUACUAUUAAAAAUUAAGACUUAUUUUUCAGUGGCAUCUUCUCUGUGACCGGCGGCAUCUCAAAGCAAUGACUCAAGCUGUGUAUAUGGCAGGCUUGCUGGUUGGCGCCAUUGCAUUUAGCAGCAUUUCUGAUCACUUCGGAAGGAAACUCUCAUUCUUCAUGAGCAUUGGAUUUCUGGUAAGCAUUUUUUUUCCUUUAUAGUAAUACUUAGCCUGCUUAGCACUCUCGCCAUCGUUCUAAGUUUCUCGACGAACUCGUGAGGAAAUGAGCAAAAGGUACGAGAUCAAUUUUCAUAAGAAACUAUUACCACCACAAAGACAGAGGAGUGUAAAGUUCCAUACAUUUUAUAAAAGACUGUAAUUAUCAAAAAGGGGUUUAAAUACAGAUCGAACGUAAAAGGAACAUUUCACUUAUUCAUUGAAGGGUAACAGUGUCCGUGUUUUGUGGAUUAUUGUACGGGGAGGAGGGGGGAGGGGUAGGGGUCCGCCUUAUUUGGUUGGGGCUUUAUAAACAUGCUGGGAUGAAUUAAAGCUUAUGAAAACCAUCAUCUAAGUAGCCUGUCUGUGUGUAGCAGAUAUAGUGAAUUUGAAGAAGAGGAUAAACUUUCUUGUAUAUCAUAUAAAGCGAGUGAUGGCAAUACAAGGUCAGAAUAAUCUUGCAAAGUUUUCAGAUGGAACACUGCGCGAAUGAUAUAAUUUUAUUAUCCUGUGACACACUGACCAGCACGUUUUCAUUAAUGUACCUUUGCUAUGCUCCACCUUCUUGGUGGAACUUAACGUUUUUGUUAGUAAGACUUUGGCGUCAUCAUAAAAAACGACUUCUUCAAAAACGUUAACUAUUCUUUAGACAACGACAAAAACGUCAGCUUUUACUUAUGUUUUUCUUGAACGAGAGGACCAAACUCUUGACGACGAAAACGGCAAACGUGAAAAAUGUCGGUAAAAUUGAUGACGUGGUCAUUUCUGUCGUUUUCCGUAAACAUGGAGAUCAAUCUUUCUUUCAGUCAUAGCGGAGUAAGUUAACUGAGGGGACUGUCAGCUACAUGAAUAAUAUUUGCUUGGCUCCCCCUGUUCUUGCUCGACAGGCGACCUUUGCAGUGGCUUCUGGUGUUGCGGACUGCCUAUCGCUUUUUUCACUCUUGCGGUUUUUCGCUGGUGCUGGGACCAUCGGCUGUUUAUUGGUCAGAUUUGUUUACUGCGCGGAAAUGGUUGUUACUGUCCAUCGAUCGUUCAUUGGAAUGAUAAACAUGCUAUUUCUAAGCGUUGGAGGAUGUGUUCUUGCCUUACUUGCUUACUUGAUCCCAAAUUGGCGACACCUCAUGUUAGCUGUCUCGUUACCAAGCUUUUUGCCACUCGUCGCUUGGUGGUGAGUGAUUCAUCUCCUUUAGUAAAGAAUAGCUGAACCACAUUUCUCUUUUAUCUAGGCAGCACUUGAUUAGCUUGCCACAUGUUCAAACACUAAGGGAGAACUUCGUGCCCACCUUAGCAGCAUAAAAUGGCUUUCAUUUGCCAUUCUUAAGUUACUUUGAGACCAGGACCGAUUUUCAGUGUGAGUCUGUUCGCAGGAACGAGCGGAUGAUAGCAACAUCGAGUAAAUGUCACAAAGGUAGCUCAGGGAAGGAACAUUUAAGCUGACGAGCAAAAAUCAUGAUUGACCGAAAAAUUAGGGAAGCAGUUUGGUAAGCACUUAAAAAAAACUUGCUCGUGGUAAGAAGCAAAUCCGAAACUUUUCUGUUCCAUUAUCAUGAUUAUAACGUAAAUGGUUUCUUUUCCAUUUUUGUCUCGGUUAUUUGCUUGUUGUUGCUUCUAUGGACAGUCCCUUUCUUUGUCUUAAAAUAUAUGAUACCCACUACAACAUAAAUCGAAAUACUGAAGACUACACACUUACUUACAUCUUACUUUAAUUGUAUGACCCAUUUUCCUCCCAUUGGAAUUUGUAUAAAACUCGAUAAAACAAAAUGACUUUCUUUUGGCAUUCGGAAAUUACUUGUUUUCAGGUGGAUUCCUCGCUCUCCCCGUUGGCUUAUUGCUAACAACCACUUAGAAGAAGCGCACGAGGUGUUACUUAAAUACGCUAAGUACAAUCACGUGACUGUGGACUCUAAACACCUCAAACACGCCAUACAGGAGGUUAGGAAGAACGACGCAAGAAAGUCUGUUGACGAGAAGUACGGAAUUCUUGACACCAUGAGAACACCCAAGUUACGGAAGCGGAGCUUGAUCAUGUUCCCCAACUGGUAAGAAUUAAAAGUUUACUCGGUCCUUACUCCUCUGCCCCGGCUGAACCUUCAGGUUACUGGAUUCCUUCAGAGGUGUCUCACGCGCAAGCUUUACUGGCUUUCUUAAUAAUCCAACAGUUUUUUGAAAAAUUGCACUGUCAAUCUUUUUUAGGAUUUUUUAAUGCGAGCGUCCGAAUCAGCUUUCGAAAGCUGAAACUCAAAGCACUCUUUAUUUGUCACUGAUUUGAUUUGUAGUAGGUAGUCAAAGCCCUAAAAAAGCGCGUCGCGGUUUUCCCAUUUUUGAAAGUUACCAACUGAAAAUAACGUUAAAAAGAAGUUGGCUGAUCGUACAAAAAUGCAUGUCAACAAAAAACGUUUACGAGAUAAAAAAUUCCCCGACAUGAUUUUGUUGCUUACACAUUAAAGUAACAUUACCCCAAAUUCUAAGUCAAUCGAUCAAGUUCCCUCGAAGUUAAAGCUUCUUCAAGUGUCCCCUCUAAACGAAAAAUAUUAGUCGACAAAAAGGCGAUUAAAAACACUCCCUCGCUCAUUAAACAAUCUGGCCUAAUAAUUGCUUGAAUAAGAUUACUUCCGUUCGAUUUUUGCGCGCUCUUUUCAUUUUCAAACAACUCCACUGUUCGACUUCCAUUGGGAUCAAUAGUGAGAUCACUUUUUUUUCGCAAAGCUGUGGAAAUGAAAGACCACAAAUGCAGCCUCCGCUCGGUCGAAAACCAAACCGGCCGGUAGAAGGUUCGGCGACUUCCACUGAGCUGACUAUUGACAUAGAGAGAGGAUGACGAUUUAACAGUGAUGGGACUACUCUGAGUAGACAUGAAGCACUCCACUCAGCUAUAUUAAAACGAAUGGUCGAAACGUUCUUUUUCGUGGGCUGUUAUUGUCAAUUGCCUAUCGAAAUUUGUUUGAGAAAUUUCUUGCCGUUCCUUCUAUGAUAUUCGUUUUAAGAAUCAUGCAGUCUUAAAUUAUGGUUAUCUGCAACGGGUUGCUUUCUUAAUUACUAUUUUAUUUUCACUUUUUUAGCUUAAGGAUGUGGGACUUGAAAAAUGCUGAAUAUAUUCCCGAAUUUUUAAAGACCCUUUCUGCUAUUUUGAUUCAAUUUUCCGCCAGCUUGAACCGAUGGGUUAAUUGAACUCCAGGUUGGAUUCACACUCUUCAGACCAGUCUUUCGAAUUCUUGGAAAUAAGAUCCUUUAUCCGACUUAUCUGACGCGGAAAGGCCAACUGUCUGGUCAUCGUUCAUUGAGAUUCCCUUUCGCCCUCACUUUGUGCGCUUUUUUGAACUUGUCCAUGGACAUUUUAGUUAUUACUACUUUUACUUCCAUCUGAAUGUAUCCACUAACCUCAAAAAGGUCAUUCUUGAAGUCAUUUGUUGUAAGCUAAUAGAAACAGAACCACCCAACGCUCGUUUAGGUCCAAAUCGCCCCCAGCGUAAAAAAAGUUCUGUCCCGGCCUAUCCUCAGCUCAGAAACAGACGGUAUUGUGCAAAAAAGUGUACUAAUUUAGCUAUUUUUCCCUUUCAGGAUAGCCAACGCCUUGAUUUUCUAUGGACUGAACUACAAUGUUAGGAAUCUGGCAGGGAAUAUGUACCUUAAUUUCUUUAUACUGCUUGUGGUUGACUUCCCAGCUGUUGCUGUAUCUUGCUAUUGCUUGCAAAGGUGCGAAACAGCUAUCACCAAAUUGCCUGUUGGAAUAAUAAAGUAGCCAUAAGUUGAAAGGAAAAUCACCCGACGUUUGUGUUAAGAUGAGCCGUGCAUUGCAAUGAUUUGAGAUGUGAGAAAGGCUAAUAAAAAAACGUUGUUUAAAAAUCGAAGCUAUCGUUUUACAGUUCAUUAAAGUAUUGCCGAACGUUGAUGUUGGUCGAUUGAAACUGCUAAGUUUAGCCACAAUCGGCGACAAAAUUGUUGAGACACUUUCCUUAAAUGGGGUACUUCGGAAGACAAAAGAAUCUCAGUGUACCCUUCCCCUCUCGCUUCUAUUCAAAUUUGGGGUGUUUGUUGUUUUUUACAGGUAGGUCCACGGCGGCACAAAUACUUUGAGGGGGUAGCAAGAUGGACAGAAAAAGGUGCAAAAGCGACACAGGCCCGAAUUUGUUUUAGAGCAUACACUGAAGUUUCGUUUGUGUGCCUCACGAAAAAUAUAUGUCUAAGAAGGCUAGCCAUCAGAAUAAAAACCUACUUUUCCUGACAUUGUUUUAGACUUUUUGGCAUGUCUACGACCCUGGGACAGAAAACCCGUGCGAGAGGCCCAUCUUGAACUCUACAGUGGCGCACACUAUAUGGGUGUCUGCCUCUCCUUACACUAUCCAUCGCAUCUCCUUAAAUCAAGUUGUGGAGUGUGUUAUUUUGUUGUAAUUCUAAUUUGUAUUGGGCAGAUUUGGUCGCCGUUUGACUUACUCCUCCUACAUGACAUUUUGUGGUGUGGCCUGUCUUUUGGCUUUGGCAAUGCCGAGCAGUGAUGGUGAGAUGAUACAUAGUCUGAUUAGUUAAUGAUAAUAGUUAUUGUUGCCCGAUUGCAGUCGACUCUCUCUUAAAGGUACUUCUACAGUUAGUCACUACAUUAAUUCAUUCGUCUUUCACUUGAGCCUUUGCUUUCUUCACAGCUUUGAGCAUUAGCUUGGGUACGUUUCAUUGAUCUCCCGUAGAAUAAAUGUUUUAAAAAUUCUUUUAUCACUGUAGAAGGGAUUGUAAAUUGUCUUGGCCGCCGUAGGGAUUUUUAUUCAUUAUCAUCAUCAUCAUCAUUAUUAUUAUUAUAAUCAUAACUAUAACAAAACUGUCAAAUCUGAUUGGCUAUCAACUGCCCUGAUUUCAGCCUUAAUUGGACAGUUAAUAGGACAGUACGCGCUAUCACGCGCGCGCUUAAAUGGCUUUUUUUUUUUCACUGCUAAAACAAAAUUUCGAAUUUCUUGUGUUUUGAUUUAUAUCACAAAUGUUGUUAAAGUUACUAUUAAUUGGUAACAGAACUUCGUGUCGUCCAAUUCGGUCUGUAUAUCAUACUCGUGAUUAGACAAAUCGGACUCCCGCUACGCGGUCGUCCGAUUUUGUUAAUUACUCGUAUGAUUACAGACCGAAUUGGACUCCACUCAGUCCUGUUACCAUUACUUAUUAUUAUUAUUAUUAUUAUUAUUAUUGUUAUCAUCAUCAUCAUUAUUAUUAUUGUUAACAUUAUCAUUAUUAUAAUCAUCAUGAUCAUUGGAAUGAUCUUGAGUUUAUAUUUUCAGAAUACCAAGUCGCCGUUGUCAUUUUCGUGAUGGUUGCAAAGUUCUUCGUAAUUUCUACCUUCAACUCUGUCUAUGUGUACACGGCUGAGCUUUAUCCGACUGUAAUAAGGUAUGGAGUCUCACAGUCUAACAAGCUAGUUCCCUUUCUAAUGAUCAUUUGAAAGUCAAUGUUCCCUUUUUCGCGCCCCAUUCGAUUCCUCGCACACUCUAUUUCCCACUUUUCCUUUGCCUUUUGAGCCACGCAGGGUACUUGCGACAUUGAUCUUUGGGAUCAUUAUAUGUUUCUGGAAAACUGCCCACCUACCCCUCCCCUAAGCCAAAAUUUUUGCCAUAAGUGAGAAGUAAGUUUUAAUGGUGGUUUAGGGGAGGGGUAGGUGGGUAGUUUCCCAGAAAGGUAUAUUGAUCAGAUCUUUGCCCGGAAAUUCCGGAAUCGGGGAAAUUUUGCUCGUGUAAUCUGGAACGCUGGGCUCUGGAUUCCGGAAUCCACUGUGUGGAAUCCAGAAUCUAAUACCGCCUUGGAUUACAUUUUAUGGGGCGAGGCUCGAUUAUUACGUUACAUUUGGCUUGAGAUAUUGAGAAUAAGAGAGGAGUAGGGGUGAAGUUUACGUUAAUACCACUGGUUUUUGGGACAGAUGGCGGGAAUAGAGUCAAGUGUUGGUUAAGAGAAGACGAGGAAGCCUACGCCGUGGUAAACCGUAGUUAAGAACACGUUUGCCCCUCCGAAUUUGGAGAUCCCUCCAUAAGAGCUUUCGGAGCUUAAGAAUACCCUUACGUAACACUAAACUGACUAAAUGCUAACGCAGCCGGAAUUCUCAACUAGUUAUGUUAGCAUCUCGCUUUAAAUGUAUAUUCGAAUUCCCAUUUUUCAGGCAAUUAGAUUUUUUUUUUCGCUUUUUCCCAUCCUCGGAGACCCAGGGGCAGAUAGUGGGGACGAGAGAAAGUCUAAACGGGCGGGAAAAUAUGGCACGAAGAAAAGUAAAGAACGGCGAGAAGAGCCCCUGGGGACAAUGUCUUACCAGACCAGUUCCAAACUGUCGCUGUCGUUCUGGCUUCUGAUUAGUGCCAGAAAACUUUUGUGUUUUUCUGCCCAAUCAGAAGGCAGAACGGCGGCGACCGUUUGGAACUGGUCUGGUAAGACAUUGUCCACAAGGGCUCUUCUCGCCGUUCUUUACUUUUCUUCGUACCAUAUUUUUCCACCCGUUUAGACUUUCUCUCGCCCCCACUAUCUGCCUCUGGGUCUCCGAGGAUGGCUUUUUCCUCCCAAUGAACGUUGUUCAAAACUAGUUUGUAUUAGCGACUGAUAGUACUUGCAGAUAUUUUUUAUUAGUAUAUACACACUCAGUGAUCUUGGUGAUUUAAGCGAUCUGAUUGGUUCGCUAUCUCGGACUAUUCAACAAUAUUCACCUCCUAGCGAGUGGAUAAUGUGUGAGCUCGGUGUUUUUCCCACUUUUUUUAGAGAACGAUCUUUUAAAAGUCGGCAAAAUCCUAGGGCUGACUUUUUUUAAGGCAAGAAAAGACUUGGAAGGAUUCAAUACGGCGUUUUUCAAUUUACUGUAGCUGAGUUUUGUGCUCAAUGGAUUGUUUACAACUCCCGUGUAUCCGCGUAGAAGAAGCCGUUUAGCGAACCCAGGGUUUUCUAACAAGAAAAUUUUGGCUUAAAAAUCGAAGUUUAUUUAUGACAAACAAAUUUAAAAGGAAAUGUUUGCAGAAAUUCUACGUUUCAAGUAAACAGGAAAAAGAAUGAUACAGGAAGAAGACGUCUUACCUCGAGCAACGGAGCCGCCAUUUUUGUCAGCACUUCAUGCGAAGAACGACACAACAAACCCUUUUGGCUAUAAACUUGGCGAGUCAACAGAAAACAACAAAGCUCUACUUUUCUUCUCAGGUAAGGAACGGUUCCAUUUAAGCCAUUACGCUGUUGUUUGCGAAAUGAUAAACUUGUGAAUUGCCAUGUUUGAAAAUUCUGCAAAGAUCUAUUUUAAAACUUACGCGUGAUUUGAUCUGUCAAUCAAACCGUACUUUUUAAUGGUUUCCUCUCUGAUUUUGUUGAGACCACUUCGUGUGUAUAUACUAAAACAAUUAUUCUUUUCAAUCUCGGUGAAUAGUGGCUUUGGGAAUAUUUACCUCGCCGCUUUCGCGGCUCGGUAAAUAUUUAGCCACUAUUCACCUCGAUUUCAAAGAAUAAUUGUUAAUUAGUAUUCACCAAAUCAGUGGAUAGCAAUUUUUGCGCGUUCUGAUUGGCUCCCGUAACUCGGAAUAUCCUUGGAUAUUCACUGUUUUGGGACGGGAUUCAAAACGGCUUCUCGUUUCGCGAUAGUUUCGAAAGACCGCGGUAAAUGAAGCAGUUGCACCAACAAAUACCAAGAAAGAGACAAAAUUUGGCUUGUCGGUGUUUACUGGUCGAUGGGAAAACAUUUUCUUAUUGAAUUUGCAACAAAAUGAUAAAAAAUGAUCCCCGAAACACUGUCAAUUGAAACGUACGCAAACUCUAACUAAGUGACGUCUUGUAUUUACAGAAAGUUCCUUUUUGAUUGUUAUCCAACCGAUUUGGUAAAUACUAAAUCAACUAUCCCCCUCAGGGUCGGUUCAUAUUGCUAGAUAUGUACCUAGACGCUUCGCGUCUCGUUAUUUACACCACUAUUCACCUCCCCUUUGGGGAAUAGUUGUAUAAUAUCCUCUUAGGUCAUUCUGUGUUAUGAUUUUGUUGUUAGUAAUGCUUUUUCCUUGUUUAAAACAUUAUUAUUUACAUUUUGAUAGGAACAACGGUGUAGGAUUGUGCUCAAUGAUUGCUCGGAUUGGAGGAAUAGUUUCUCCAUAUGUCGUCCUUCUGGUAACAAUUUUUUUUCAGUAUUCUCUCUUCUUUAAUAUUUUGCUUUGCCUUAAGCUGAUACCCAUAGUUUUACAGUGUGUUUUUGUUUAGUGUUCUUAGUUAUUUUCUUCCUUUCCAGGCCGAUCUUCCAAAUUUGAGGAAAACAUUCCCAUUACUUAUAUUUGGUGUUGUGGGCCUGGCUGCCGGUAUUUUGGCGUUUUGGUUACCAGAAACUUUAACAGCACAGAUGUCACAGACCGUGGAGCAAGCAGAGGCUUUGGACGAGGAUUACAACCUUUAUUGUUGCAAAAAGCCUCAGGUGCAGGGCUCUCGCGGUCGCAAAGAGGUGGCGAAGGAAGGAGAAGAUGUAACUUUAGUAUAGUCUAUGACUGCAUUAUAUGACUGGAGAGGCCACGUCAUCAAAGUGUUGUUCAUUUUCAGCACUGCGUGUACUUGAAAGUCGUCUUGGAAAACGUUACGCAGCUCAAUAAAUUGUUAUUUUUACAGCGAAAUAUAUAAUGCAUUUUUCAAAAAACUUCGUAUAAGAUACUUGGUAGCUUAAGCAAGUGCGUUUG